CUCUCCAUUGGAGAGCCAGUCACUUGACAGUAAAGAGGUGUGCCAGUCUCUCGAUGGGUACCUGAGACUUUUCGGUACUUUUGUGCUCGUCUUAAUGCUCCCUGACGCUUGUUUUAACUUUCUUUUUCUUUUUAAACUACUCUGAAGUGUCGACUCAGUAAAAGUGAAAGUGAAGAUGAAGUUUACUGGCAAGCACGUGGCAAUUCAACAAAAUGUGAGCAGAGGUUUUUGGCCCGUGUUAACCUGCUGCAUCCUUCUUCAUUGCAUCUCUUAUUCUGGUUUAUUGAAGUUGAACUUUGCUAAACUUGUACAAGUCAAUUCAGGAGAAGAUGUUUUGCUCCCGUGUAAUUUCCCCUGCAUCAAAGAUGUUCUUCUCAAAGUACUGACUAUUGAAUGGCUUUUCCAGAGCAAUGAUACAUCUCAUCUUGUUUAUUAUUAUGACUUGAGUACAAACCAAACCAAGAUAAACCCCAUCUAUCAGGACAAAAUGCAGACUUUUCACCAGUCAUCUUGUGGGAAUGCCUCACUUUUUUUCCGUGAUGUUCACCUCAAUGACACUGGAACUUUCAUGUGCCACGUCUACACACAGCAGAAUUGGGGAGCAUUUAAACUGCAGCUGUUGGUGCUAUCAAGUGAUUCUGAAAUGACAGACAGUCCUACAGCUGAGACCUGGAAGAAGCCAACUGGCCAAGAAAGGACACGCUGGUGGUGUUGGGUAUUUGCACUGACACUGGUCAUCAUUUUUGCCAUUUAUACUUCACAAGUGUAGAAAUCUCAAACCAGGCAAAAGCUUCUUUGAACGUAGAGGUGAGAAAGAUGGAGGAAGUGGUUAAAAGAAGCACAUCAGAUUCCUCAGAGCCAGCAGAGGGGACAUCUUGUGAAUCAGCUGCUGUGGAACCAGCAAGCAAGACUCCACGGAUGGAAACUGCAAGCCACAGCAGACUUGAAAGUAUUUUUGAUGAAACCCUAAAGGAAAGCUCUGUAGAGCCUGCUCCUCAGUUAACCACCUCAAGUGCAUGUAUUGAAGUGCAAACCUACCUCAGUGAGCCAACUAUUCAG